GAGAAUUACCGCAGCAAUAUUACAAAAUAAUUGUUUAUAAUAUAUGAUAUAAUUUCUGCGUAGUAAAAUGUAUUACAAAUCGUAGUUUUAAAAAAAUAUGCAAAUGCCUAAACUGAACUUCAACUUGCUGAGAGUAUUGAUUUGGCUCAGCAUCCGAUGUUGUUGGGCCCAACAAACGCAUAUUAAACUGGAACAGGGCGAUUUAAUUGGUCUCAAGAUAUUUCCGGAUGGAGCACGCACUGCGGUCUACGCCUUCCUGGGAAUACCCUACGCUCAGCCGCCUUUGGGUCCAUUACGUUUUGCGCCUGCUCAGCCGCACAAUGGCUGGAACCGCACGCUACAGGCGACAGCGAUGCAGCCCAUCUGUCCCCAGCUCUCGAACACGAUAUACGAUGAAAGCGCCGAUGGCAGCAUUUCACGUGCGACGCCCAGCAACGAGGACUGUCUGUACCUCAACAUUUGGACACCGGAGACGGGCUUGCGAUAUGGCCAAUUGCCAGUAAUGGUGAUUAUAACUGGCGAGGAUUUCGCCUACGAUUGGCCACGCAAUCGCAUCAAUGGCCUGGACUUUGCUGCCGCCGAGGGCGUUGUGGUGGUCAGCGUGCAGUAUCGCAACAACAUUUAUGGCUGGCUCGGAUUGGGACCAGAUCAUCGACAAUUGCCCGGCAACUAUGGACUCACUGAUGUGCUGCAGGCGCUGCGCUGGCUUCAAAGUAACGCCGCCAGUUUUGGUGGCAAUGCCAAUCAAUUGACGCUACUUGGUCAUGGAAGUGGCGCUCUACUGGCAUUGGCCACGGCUCUCCAAAAGGGCAACGAGCCCGCACUCUACAAGCAGCUGAUACUCAUGUCACCGGGCCCAGUGCUGAACGCCUUGGGCACCGGCCAUGGACAACGCAUUGUGGCAACGGGACGACGACUCAUCCAGAAGCUGGGCUGUCAGUUUGAAGAGGCACAAAAUCGCCAGCUGUUGAGCUGCCUGCGACGCAAGAGCAAUGAGGAUUUGCUGCGUGCCUAUGAGAGUGUCUACAAUCAUGGCAAUGGCAGCAUGCAGCUGGGAGUGCAACUCCUACCAGGAUCUCCCACCGUCAGUCUGGCACAGCAGUUGGGCAAUCUGUCGUUGCCGCCACUGCUGCUGGGCAUUGGCUCCAAUGAGGGCGCUUUCUGGCAGGACUAUUGGCUGGACGUGGCACGCGACGGCGAUGUGGCGCUGCAUAAUUACAUCAAUCACACGCUGUUGCCCAAUGCGUUGCGCUCCAUGCAGCUGCAGGAGGAUGGGGCAAGUGAUGUGCAAAUGGCGGCAAUUCGCUGGCGUUACUUCAACGAGGAGGCCUCCGUCGGUCAACUGCUGUGGGGCAUGCAACGUCUGCUGUCCGAGUCACAGUACGAGACGCCAUUCCUGCGACUGCUGCAGCUGGUCAGCAACAACAGCAACAGUUAUGCCUACGUCUUUGACCAAUCACAUGCCCAUGCCAUGGACAUGCGGGGAAGGCUGAAUUUGUUCGGUGGCGCCUCGCAUAGUGCCGACUUGCCGCUGCUAUUGGGUCCCAGUCUGUUCCAGCAGAUUGCCCGUCGUCGCUUCAACACCGAGGAGGAGCAAAUGUGCCGCAAGCUACGCGGCUCGUUUGCAAAUUUUGUGAAAAGUGGCAAUCCAACACCUGGACGCAUCUACGAUGGCUGGUUGCCGUACACCGCACAACACCCCUUCAUCUAUAGCCUGGGCGAGCUGACCAAGAAUGCGGCGGGUCCGCCUAGUAUAGAUGAGACGCUAGUGGAGCAGCUGCUGCAACCACAAACCGAGCUGGGCACUGAUCGCAGCUUAUCUAGAAUCAAUAGGCACGAUAGCUAUCGCCAGGGCAAUGCCAAUUCGUAUGUGGCCAAUAAUCAGCUGGACUCCGGCUAUGGGCAGCACUUGCGACGCGUCUACGGCUUCUGGCAGGUGCUGUUGCCCUCGGCGCAGGACGCAGAGUUUCGUGAGGGAGGAGGCGGUGCUUUGGGUCAACGUGUGCGUCUCUUGGAGGCCAACGCGGAUGCAUCACGCUAUCGGCAAGGCUUCUAUGCAAUGCUUGGCCUAGUGUGCAUUCUGCUCGCCUGCCUGGGCCUGUGUGUUUAUCUGCUGCGACGCGAUCUGCCAUUGCGUCAUAGUACAUCGGGGCAGACGGAUUAUAGCUUAUGACACAGGUGGUUUCGUUGGACGACCAUCUUUGGGGGUAGC